AUGAAAAACAAAUAUCUAUUCUCCUCCGACGGUCAUCGUCUCCGGUCAAGGUUUUGUUCCUCCUCCUCCUCCGGUAAGUAAAAUUGAUCAAAAUCAACAACAAUGGAUACGCAUUUGAGCGCAUCAAUCCGAUCAAGAAGUUCUCAAACUCCAUCUCCUUCUCAUUCCGCAUCUGCUUCCGCUACAUCUUCCAUCCACAAACGAAAGCGUGUUUCAGAAGAUCACGCGCCUCCUUUCCCUUCCUCCUUCUCCGACACUCGCGACGGAGCUCUCACAUCAAACGACGACCUAGAGAGCAUCAGCGCACGAGGAGCCGAUUCUGAUUCCGAGGAUGAGUCAGAGGAAGUCGUCGACGAUGAUGAGGAAGAAUACAACGAUUUUUCUAUGCGGAACUUCACCGCAUCUCGGUUGGGGAACGCCGAUGCCAGUGCGAGAAAUACAAAGCAGAAGACGGAGAAUUCGAUCAAGGUUGAGCCAUCUGAUGUAGGAAAAGAUGCUGGUGCUGGUGGUGCUGGUGCUGGUUCUGCGGCUGGUGGACCGCCACCUGCGGUUACUUCAGCAGCUCCUCCUGGUGCUGCAGUGAGGGAAGACACUGUGAAGAAUUUGUUUGCUGAAAAUAUACAGACGAGUGGUGCUUAUAGCGCUAGGGAAGAGAACUUGAUGAAAGAUGAGGUGGCAGGGACACUCAAGUUCGUAUUUGUUUCAAAUGAUCGUAUUGACGAGCAUAUGAUUUGGUUGAUAGGAUUGAAGAAUAUAUUUGCUAGGCAACUUCCGAACAUGCCAAAGGAAUACAUUGUUCGCCUUGUGAUGGACAGAAACCACAAAUCGGUGAUGGUUAUUCGAGAGGACAUGGUUAUGGGUGGCAUUACUUACCGUCCUUACAUCAGCCAAAAGUUUGGGGAGAUAGCUUUUUGUGCAAUUACAGCAGAUGAGCAAGUAAAGGGUUAUGGUACCAGACUGAUGAAUCACUUGAAGCAGCACGCACGUGAAGUGGAUGGGCUCACUCAUUUCCUGACUUAUGCUGAUAACAAUGCCGUUGGCUAUUUUAGUAAACAGGGAUUCACAAAAGAGAUUUACCUGGAGAAAGAUAGGUGGCACGGUUAUAUUAAAGAUUAUGAUGGUGGUAUUCUCAUGGAAUGCAAAAUUGAUCCCAAACUUCAUUACACUGAAUUGUCACUAAUGGUUCGUCGUCAAAGGCAGGCUAUUGAUGAAACGAUAAAAGAGUUCUCAAAGCGUCACAUCAUCUACGAUGGAUUUGACUUCCAGAAGAAAAAACCUGGUACUUUCAAGGUUGAGGACAUUCCUGGAUUAAUGGAUGCUGGGUGGACGCCUGAUCAAUGGGGUCAUUCUCGGUUUAAAACAGUAGCAACUCCAUCUGCAGAAAUAUUCUCUAGUCAGAAGAGUUUAACUGCACUCUUGCGAAUACUUGUAAAGAUACUAUACGAGCAUGUCGAUUCAUGGCCAUUUAAGGAGGCAGUUGAUAAACGUGAAGUGCCUGACUACUAUGAAAUCAUUAAAGAUCCUAUUGAUUUGAAAACAAUGUCGAAACGGGUUGAGUCAGAGGUGUAUUAUGUGACCUUAGACAUGUUUGUAGCCGACGUUAGGAGGAUGUUUACCAAUGCUCGCACCUAUAACUCUCCCGACACCAUCUAUUACAAAUGCUCAACAAGGCUUGAAGCUCAUUUCUCAAGCAAAGUUCAAUCAAGCCUUGGCCUUCAAACAGGGACCAAACUUCAGCAUUAAUAAUAUUCUCUUUU